AUGUCUCAAAACAUUCAUUCUUUGGCAGUUUUGAAUCUUGGAAAAAAUAAACUUGAGGGUAGCAUUCCUCAGGCUUACCCAAAUGGUUGUGCGUUGAAUGUUAUUGAGCUCGCAAAGAAUCGAUUGCAAGGGCCUGUCUCAAGAUCUUUGGCGAAUUGUACAAUGCUGGAGUAUUUGAAUCUUGGUCACAAUCAAAUUCUCGAUGGUUUCCCUUCAUGGCUAUCAGAGUUGACCAACCUGAAAGUUAUUAUCUUGAAAUCUAAUAACUUCCAUGGUCCAAUAAAACCACCUCAAAGCCAGUUCAAUUUUAGCAACUUGCAUGUCAUGGACCUUUCCGACAAUAGUUUCAAUGGUGAACUUCCUUCCAAGUUGUUGCAGAGUUUCCAUGCCAUGAAAGUAGUUGCUGCUCAAGAUCAGUUGGAAUAUUUGAAUACUUCAGCAAACAUCCCUUGGUCCUUGUAUUCACUUGAAGGGUAUUUCGAUUAUGCAAUGAAAUUGAUGAACAAAGGCAUAGAAAGGGAAUACCCGAAGGUUCCAUAUGCCCUUAUGGUAAUUGACCUCUCCAAAAACAAAUUUGAAGGGUGCAUACCCAACGUCAUUGGAGAUUUGACGUCACUUCUCCUGCUUAACGUUUUGAACAACAUUCUCACUGGUUCCAUCGUGGUUUCCUUAGCAUACUUGACGUCAUUGGAAUCUCUAGAUCUUUCUCGAAAUAAGCCCUCAGGAAAGAUCCCUCAACAACUAGCCCAACUUACAUUUCUUUCAUCUUUCAAUGUCUCUCAUAAUCAACUGUUAGGACCAAUUCCACAAGGGAGCCAGUUCAACACAUUCGCAAUCGAUUCAUUUGCCAUGAAUGGGGGUCAUACGGAAGUCCUCUGCCAAAAAAAUGCACCACAGCUGGGGAUAACUUACCAUUCCCAUCAUCUCGCCAGGAAGAAGUCGGCGAAGAGUCUCCAUUUAACUUGGAUUGGACAUUUGUGCUAA